AUGAGCCAAAACACAGUUCCACCGUCGUCAAAGUUCACUUUGAAAAGUAAAGAUAGCGCGAAGUUGCCGGGAGGGCUCACAAGUGUCUACAGAAGCUUCAAGGAGCCAAAGGUUCGGAGCUGGAUAAAGAGGAGAACUCGAGGUUCAGCGGCUCAUCAUUGGGACCGACAUUGCUGCCUGAAGCUACAGAAUCAAAUGGCCCGUCUCCCGAAGUAAUUGGCCCACAAUAGUUGCCAAAAGGCACCCAAUCUUGAAAUUAACGGGAAACGAGGACGAUUUCUUAAAGCAAGGUAGAGAGAUAUUCGAAUUUGUUCAGUGGACGGCAAUCCUGGGAGAGCUAAAUUAA